AUGCCCCGAAUGAACGAUGGCCACAAUUCUUCUUCUAAUGUCUCUCUCCCGAGCGUCGGGUCUUCAACAGUCCAGGUACAGCACAUUCAGUCUCCCAGCGAGAUGUUCUCCGCGUUAGGCGUCAUAGCAUUCUUCCAAGCAACGCUCUCAGUAGCGCUAUUCUCCUUGUUUAACGACGUAUUUUCAGAUUACCGGAAUAAUGAUACCAGCGCCAAUGCGAGCUUCGAAGAAGUUGUAUCGCGAGUGUUCGCGCUGUCAUUGGGUUCCGUCCUCCUCUCGGCCUAUACUGGUGUCGCGUCAAGCAUUCUUGUUGCAAUAGACUGUAGUCGAGCGGGUGCCCCUGAAGUCGUCCUACCUCUAGUUUUCGGCGGCGUCACAGAAAUAGCUGCAACACAGACUUUCCUGUUUUGGUGA